AUGGACAGUGAGGAAAAAGCGCCGCUGCUGGUGCCGGUGCCGGCGCCGGCGGUGGAGGGUUGCCCCGGGUGCGCGAUGGAGCGGCGGAAGGCGAGCAGCAACGGGAGGAUCCCCUACAAGGAGUUGUUCUUCGUCGGCGUCACCUCCCUCGCCUCAGCUUUGCCAAUCACGUGCCUCUUCCCCUUCCUGUAUUUCAUGGUAAGGGACUUCCACAUUGCUAAAACAGAGGAAGAUAUUGGAUUUUAUGCUGGUUUUCUUGCUGCAUCAUACAUGGUGGGCAGAGGCUUUUCUUCAAUUUUCUGGGGCAUUCUCGCAGACCGUAUUGGACGGAAGCCUGUCAUCGCAUUUUCAAUCUUGUCUGUGGUCAUAUUUAACACAUUAUUUGGUCUAAGUACAACGUAUUGGAUGGCAAUUACUACAAGACUUGUGCUGGGUGCUCUAAAUGGCCUGCUUGCCCCAAUAAAGGCAUAUUGCGUUGAAGUUUGUCAAACCGAACAUCAGGCACUUGGACUCUCAAUUGUGAACACGGCAUGGGCUUUGGGUCUUAUUGUGGGUCCAGCUCUUGGAGGUUACCUUUCACAGCCAACUGAGAAAUAUCCUCACAUAUUUUCCAAAGAUUCUGUCUUUGGCAGAUUUCCAUAUCUUUUACCCUGUCUAAGUGUAUCAGCAUUUGCUACAAUUGUCCUCAUAAGCUGUGAAUGGCUUCCGAUACUUUCCUUGUGGGCUGUGAGCGAUCGGAAGUAUGGCGGCCUUAGCUUCUCAACUGAAGAUAUUGGUCAGGCUGUGUCUAUACUUGUUCUUGCAACUUAUCCCUUUAUGACAUACCUAUCGGGAGUGAAACUUUCAUUUGCUCUUUAUUCUGCUGCCAUGAUGAGAAGUGCUCUUGCGAUCACUGUCAACACAGGAAUUUCCCUUCUACAGAAUAAUGCUGUGUGCCAAGAACAAAGAGGCACCGCAAAUGGUAUAUCAACAACUGCAAUGUCAUUCUUCAAGUCAAUUGCUCCAGUAGGUGCAGGGGCUCUGUAA